AUGGCUCAGUGCCUGCUCUCACUGCUCAUGCUCACCGUCAUCCCCAUAUGCACUGCCUCCAAGCUGAUCAUGGCCGACGACGUGGACCUGGAGGAAAUUACAACUUGCGGCCUCGUGAUGGUGUCAACUGCGGCCAUCCUUAUUAAGGCAAUAUGCUUCGUCCAUCAGCGCGGCACUUUGCAGCAGAUGGUGAGGCUGAUGGCCGUCGCCCAGAGAACGCACUGCGACGCAGAGGCGAGCACUCGCAUUCGACACGGCUACCAGCGGUUCGCAACCAGGCUCUUCCUCUGUCUACAGGUGGUGGCAGGUGUGUUCCCAGUCGUGGGGUGGGGCCUGGCCCCCGUACUGUCGUGCGCCUUCUACUCGGCCAACUCGUCUUUGCCAUGUGGGAAGACACCCUUCCCUGUGUGGCUGCCACCAGCCCUCCAGGUGUCUCCAGGUUACGAGGUGAUGUACAUCACGCAAGUUUCUAGCCACCUGGUGACAACCAGUACGACCACUGGCGUGAAUCUGUUCUUCAUCAACCUCAUGCUGAUGAUCGCUGCUGAACUGGAUGUCCUCAAUGAAAACAUUUCUGAUGUUCGGAAGGCCACUGGUAAAUCAGCUGGUGGUGAAGUUGAGGAGGGCGCAGUAGCAUCCUAUGUUUUCACCGCUGAUCGGCAAACCGGCACACAGAACGUGUUCGGAAGACGAGACAUCUCAGGUGGCGUGCAGUGGUCGGGCUCUGUUCAACGUCACCCGUCUGGAGACAUCAUCAUUGAUCCUGAUGAUGAGAUGUACCAGCAGCUAGUAGUGAACAUACGGCAUCAUCAAAAUAUAAUCGAGUCUGUCACACUGCUGCAAACGGCAAUGGAUUACCCAGUUUUUAUUCUCUUAUUCAUGAACAUGUCUACCAUAUGUGCGAACAUAUUAAUCAUUUUUGUGAACGGCAUGAAUCCUGCGUCAGCCCUCAAGUCUGUAGUGGCAAGCCUCUUUUUCAUAUCUGAAACUGCAAUUUACUGCUGUUUUGGUCACAUCAUCGUUCAACAAAGCGAGCGUCUGACCAAUUCUGCGUUCAGCUGCAACUGGCCAGAUGGUAGCGCACGUUUCAAGCGCUCCGUGCUAACCUUCAUGCUCAGGGCUUCACAGCCGAUGGAGAUAACAGUUGGAAAAACGUACUCCUUGUCAAGGCAGACGCUCCUGCAGGUGCUGAACGGCGCAUAUACCUUAUUCAACAUGUUGUAUCGCCUGAAUAGCACAAAAUGA